AUGUGUGCACUAAAUACAAAUCCAGGUGAUGAUCCUUCAUCUACGCCAGGUGCCAAGCCUAAUCGCUUAAUGGUUUGCGAUCUGAUCAGUGAUAAUAACUCAGUCAUUUAUUUAUCUCAGCCCAAAAUGGAUCAGUUACAUUUGUUUCGUGGUGAUACUGUGUUUGUCAAAGGCAAGAAACGUAAAGAAACGGUGUGUGUAGUUCUUGUGGAUGAGAAGUGCUCAGACGAUCAAGUUCUUAUCAACCGUUGUGUUCGCAGUAAUCUACGAAUAAGGUUAGGGGAUUUCGUCUACAUAAAGUGUUGUCCUGACAUCCCCUACGGUAAACGUGUCCACAUCUUGCCUAUUGACGAUACGGUUGUUGGUCUCACAGGAAAUCUAUUUGAAGUGUUCCUAAAGCCUUACUUUCUGGAUGCCUACCGACCUGUACGGAAGGAUGAUAUAUUUAUCGUACGUGGUGGAAUGCGAGCUGUUGAGUUCAAAGUCAUCGAAACAGAUCCAUCACCUUACUGCAUUGUUGCUCCUGAGACGAUUGUUCACACUGAAGGAGAUCCAGUAAAACGAGAGGACGAAGAAGAAAAGCUAAGUGAAAUAGGUUACGAUGACAUAGGAGGUUGCCGUAAGCAGCUAGCCCAAAUAAAAGAAAUGGUGGAGUUACCUCUUCGUCAUCCUCAGCUAUUCAAAGCUAUAGGUGUGAAGCCUCCUCGCGGAAUACUUCUUUACGGACCCCCCGGUACCGGUAAAACCUUGGUUGCUCGGGCAGUAGCCAAUGAAAGUGGAAGCUUUUUCUUCUUAAUUAAUGGACCAGAGAUCAUGUCGAAAUUGGCUGGCGAGUCAGAAUCUAACCUGCGUAAAGCAUUCGAAGAGGCAGAGAAAAAUGCACCAGCCAUAAUCUUUAUUGACGAACUUGAUGCAAUCGCCCCUAAGAGGGAGAAGACCCAUGGUGAGGUAGAACGUCGCAUCGUUUCUCAGUUGUUGACAUUGAUGGAUGGUCUAAAACAACGAAGCCACAUAAUUGUCAUGGCUGCUACAAAUCGUCCCAAUAGUAUUGAUCCCGCACUUAGACGCUUUGGCCGUUUUGAUCGCGAAAUAGAGAUAGGUAUUCCUGAUAGUAUUGGAAGAUUGGAGAUUUUACGAAUACACACCAAGAAUAUCCGGCUGGCUGCAGAUGUUGAUCUUGAGCAAAUAGCCAAUGAAGCUCAUGGUCAUGUAGGAGCUGACUUGGCCUCGUUGUGUUCAGAAGCUGCUCUUCAGCAAAUAAGGAGCAAAAUGGAUCUCAUUGACUUAGAGGAUGACACAAUUGAUGCUGAAGUAUUGAGUUCGUUGGCUGUAACGAUGGAUAACUUUCGCUGGGCCUUAGGAAAGAGCAAUCCCUCCGCCCUUCGCGAGACCACAGUUGAAGUACCUAAUGUCACAUGGGAUGAUAUCGGUGGUUUAGAAAAUGUAAAACGAGAGCUUCAGGAACUGGUCCAGUAUCCAGUUGAGCAUCCUGAUAAAUUUCUGAAAUUCGGUAUGACUCCAAGCAAAGGCGUUUUGUUUUAUGGUCCUCCAGGGUGUGGUAAGACAUUGUUGGCAAAGGCUAUUGCAAAUGAAUGUCAAGCCAAUUUCAUCAGCAUUAAAGGACCCGAACUCCUCACUAUGUGGUUUGGCGAAUCUGAAGCAAACGUCCGGGACAUUUUUGACAAGGCUCGACAAGCGGCACCAUGUGUGCUUUUCUUUGAUGAACUGGACUCUAUUGCCAAAGCCCGUGGAGGCAGUGUUGGGGACGCUGGAGGUGCUGCUGAUCGUGUUAUCAACCAACUUCUAACAGAAAUGGAUGGAAUGUCUGCUAAGAAAAACGUUUUUAUCAUCGGUGCUACCAAUCGCCCGGACAUCAUUGAUGGGGCCAUCUUGCGUCCCGGAAGACUCGACCAACUCAUCUAUAUACCACUGCCAGAUGAGGCCUCAAGAGUCAAUAUUCUGAAAGCAAAUUUAAGAAAAUCCCCGAUUGCUAAAGAUGUUGACAUUAAUUUCUUAGCAAAAGCUACCCAGGGGUUUUCGGGUGCUGACCUCACAGAAAUAUGUCAACGUGCAUGCAAACAAGCAAUACGUGAAUCUAUCGAGGCGGAGAUACGUGCUGAGUGUGAUAAGAAAAACAAGCCUAACGCUAUGGAAGAUGAUUUUGACCCAGUACCUGAAAUAACUCGUCGUCACUUUGAGGAAGCAAUGCGUUUUGCAAGGCGCUCAGUCACUGAAAAUGAUGUUAGGAAAUAUGAAAUGUUCGCCCAAACACUGCAGCAGUCAAGAGGAAUAGGCAGUAACUUCAGAUUUCCCGGGUCGGAUGGUCCUGGAAUACCUACAGGUGUUGGUGGACAAGGAGGGAGACCAACUUAUGGCUCUGAAAAUGACGCAGAAGAUCUAUACAAUUAA